AAGAGAGCAUUCAUUUGCGAAUAUGUAAUUCCCCAAUAUACUUUCUCCCAGUUGUGAAGUUAUAAAAACAUUGAAGGCGUUAGAUUUCUGAUCUCUAACUAUUUAGUCGACAAGUUUCGCGAGUGUAAGGGGAACCUCCUGGCAAAUCCUUGGAUAGAAGUAUAAUUAAAGCAAUCCCUUGUCAGCUGUAACAAGAAAGAAAUAUAGUAUUUUAAUUAAUCAGACUCAUAUCAUCCACGAAUCAAGCCUCAAUAAAGCGAUGAGAAGACGAACAUCCGUGGAGCUGUGCCUGAUAUUGAUAAUACUCCUAGCGAUAAACAAUGCAAAAGGCAAGAACUUUUUAUUAGAGCUGCUGAAUACGACUACAAGAGACGAAAGGGAUGCAGCAAAACAGGCUGUUGAUGACAUCAACUCUCAACUAGUAGCCAAUGGUUCCUCUUUUACCCUACAAAUACGAAACACUUCGCAGAAAUCAGACCUAUAUACGUACUCCUCUUCUCUCGUCAGUAGUGACGUCAUCGCCUUGUUGGACUUUAACACCUUACCUCAUUCUGCAUGUGAAGUAAGCACCAUUACUAAGAUACCGAUAAUUCGUCUCCAUGGCAGCGGAAACUACAAGAUAAGAGAAGCUUGUAAUGCGAUCAUCAUGUCAGCGGAUUACGAUAGCUAUUCGCAGGCGACUGUUCAAAUCCUGGAUGCCUUUCAGUGGAAGAAGAUUGCUUUGAUGGUUGAGGCUUCGAGGUUCUACGAAGCAUUCUUCUUCAAAACUUUGACAGCCAACAAGGACUAUACGUCAGUUUACAUACAAAUUAAGCAUGACGAGAUCAACGUUCAUAAGAAUGAGUGUUCCUGUGAGAGAAUCAUGAAGGAACUGGCUGCCUCAGAAGCUGAUGUCGUUCUUCUGUUCGCCAACGAAAAAUCAUCAAUUCUUAUGAUGGAUCGCUGCAACCCCAGUAAGACCUAUGUCUGGAUAAUACAAGAUUUGGUUUUGCAGGACGUACUUACUGCAGAAAGCUCUCAUAUGGUUGUUGGGUUUGGGCUUACAACUAAUGUCAGCGCCAAAUGGAACAGUAAACGGGAUAAUUUUGAUCUUGUGUAUGAUGCUAUUUUAUUGGUUGCCAUGACGUUAAAAAAUCUUCACGACAAUGGAAUGUGGUUGACAGGCAACGACAGUGCUACCUUGUCAUCCAWCAGAGAGACAUUUUAUAGAUAUGCAAAACAGAUGCAAGUAAAUAAAAAUGGUCUCGUGUCCCCCGUCCGGUUUGACACCAAAGGUCGUCGGGUGCUCAACGAACUUCGAAUCCUGAACCUUAUUAACAACACCUUUACAGAGAUUGGUAAAUGGACAAAAGCUGGAAAUAUCCUAGAAAUAAUGGACAGAAUCCACUUUAAUGAUAAAUCUCUGGAUGGUUCUUUGCUAAAGGGAAGAGAGAUAUCUGUCGUAACUGCAGUGACAGACCCAUUUGUGAUGAGGCGCGUAUCGUCAGAAGGGACGGUCACCUACCAUGGCUUCUGUAUCGACAUAUUAAAAAAACUUGCAUCUGACCUAAAGUUCACUUACCAUAUAAAGUUGGUUGAUGAUGGAUAUUACGGUGCACUGAUUAACGGUACAUGGAAUGGAAUGAUCGGAGAACUAAUCGAUAGGAAAGCAGAAAUGAUUGUAGCUCCUUUAUCAAAAAAUGUGGAACGCCAGAAGUACGUUGCCCUGACAGCCAGCUUUAUGUACUACACAGACGAUAUGAUGAUGAAGAAGACUGUCGUCGCAGAGAGGGAGUUCUUCCAAUUUAUGGCGCCCUACACUACAAAUGUCUGGACGGUGGUGGCUGCUUCGUUUGUGGCCGUUUCUUUGGCGGUAUAUAUUUUGAAUUAUUUCAGUCCUUAUGGCUACAAAAACGAACAUGGCAGCAAGACGUCGGAGGAGUUGAACUUGAUCAACUCCUUUUGGUUUACAGCUGGAAGCAUGCUUCUGCAAGGCACUGAUCACGCGCCCAAAUCUACCUCGGGCCGUAUUUUGGCUGGUUUCUUCUGGUUUUCUAUCCUUGUGUGGUUAUCAACUUACACUGCGAACUUAGUGGCUUUCUUCACUGUCGACAUCUUCAUCAAACCAGUCACCAACUUUGAGGAGGCAGUUGAUUCGAAUUACGACCUUGGUGUACUCGAGAAGUCCAAUCUACACUCUUUGUUUCUCUCUGCUGAUUAUGAGAUAUACAGAAGAGCUUGGAACAAAAUGAAGCGUCUACCCAAGAAUGAUUCAGAAUCGAUCGAAUGGAUGAGAAGUGGCAGUCCCUACAUACAUAUUCUUGACGGUCCGGUACUGGAGUAUGUAGCACAGAAGCAGCCAUGCGACUUGUUUACAUUUCCAGGUCUUCAAUCUCCUCGCAGCUAUGCGUUUGCUCUCAGACAUGAAGACCCUCACCUUCAAGAGAUAUCUCUCGCCAUAUUGCGUCUCCGUGAAAGCGGGUUUAUCGAGAAGUUACGAUACAAGUACUGGGAAGGUACAAAUGAAUGUCCAGAUAUCAACACCAACCGGCUAAAGCAGAAGUCAAUCGAACUGUACAGCUUAGCAGGAGUGUUUAUCGUUCUAGCAGCAGGUUUUUUAGUUUCUUUCGUAACCCUUGCCACCGAGAUCUAUUGGCAUCGAGUAGGGAGGCAGAGAUUUCAUUUUCUAAAGGAGAAGACCAGAAACAUUUGCAGAGAACGGUCACCAAAAAUGGCUAAUGAGAAAGACGAUAAUACAAUAACUCAGAGUGAUACGAUAUCAAACUCUCAAGCAUCUCUCGGAUCACUUAGUAGUUACACCAUCAGACCUAUUUGAGAUAGGGAUCACGAUGCAUUUGGGUCUAUAGCUUCGUUACAAUUUUUUUCAACAUGUGGUGUACCGAAGCUAGACAACAUCUUUCAGAUACUUUGCCGGCAACAACGUAACCAAUUCAACUUUCACAACACUAUAGUCCUUCUUAUAUAGGGAGCAUGGUACACUCUGGCCUACAGCUUUUGUACAAAAGUUUUUUUCCUCUCCCAUCAGCAUAUAAUUAUAUGGUGUAUAUAUUUAA